UAGAGGGGGAGCGUUUGCCAAAGCCGCUGGUGUACGAAGUUACUUGCGCUUACUUUCCUGGGCUGGUCAAAUUCACAUCCCGAUCCCCGGCUGCCCUCUGGUACCCAGUGCUCCGCUGGGAAGGGAUGGUUUGUCCUGCUCAUUCUGUCCCCGGAACGCCCGUGUUUUCCUCCUGAGCAAGUAGCAUGAGCAUGGCAAACGAAACAUACCUCUUCAUAAAAGAUAUAAAGCCCGGACUGAAAAAUGUAAAUGUCGUCUUUAUUGUACUGGAGAUAGGGCGUGUUACCAAAACCAAAGACGGACAUGAGGUCAGGGCGUGCAAAGUAGCUGACAAGACAGGAAGCAUCACCAUCUCUGUGUGGGAUGAGCUUGGCAGCCUCAUCCAGCCAGGUGAUAUUAUUCGGUUGACCAAAGGGUAUGCCUCUCUGUGGAAAGGAUGCCUUACGCUUUAUACCGGAAGGGGAGGUGACCUGCAAAAAAUUGGGGAGUUCUGCAUGGUGUAUUCAGAAGUGCCCAACUUCAGUGAACCCAGUUCAGAUCAUCCUGGGCAGCCAAAUAAAGUGGCACAGGGUGAGCAGGCUAAUAAUUCCAUUCUGUCAGCUAAUUCGGGUACUUGUACUUUUGGGCCAACUGGAAAUGGUUUGCUGACUGGACCAGAAUUGAGUGGAUUGUCCACUGCUUAUAAUCAUGCCCCCACCUAUGCAGGUUCUGGGAGGUCUGGCGGACGGGGCCCCGCUCCUCUCGGACCUGUGCUGUCUAACAAUGCUCGUCCCUUACAAAGCACAAUUAGUAAUGGAAGGGAUCCCCGCAGAGCCUCCAAAAGAUGACCAAACCAAACACCAUCCUGUCCACAUAGCCUCGUUAGCCUACUUGAACACUUGCUGCACUUUUAUUUAUGGUUUACUGUGAAAACGUUUAUUCUUUCUGAUUCUUGGCCUUCCAUUGUCCGGAGGGAGAGCUUUCUCACUUUUCUGCCCCUGCCCUGCCCUGCCCCGAUUCAAAAUUCAGUGAAGCUACUGAUCAUGCAUCGUCACCCAGGAAAGAAAAUGUGUGGAAAUAUAGAAAGCCUCUUUGAAAAUAGAUUUCCUUGUUAAAUAUUAGUAGCCGUUUUCCAAAAGGUGGCCCAGUUUUGGCUGGAUAAGUAUUUUUUGGGGGGGGUUUAGUUUGUGUGAUACAGCCUUAAGAUGUUUGCUUAUUUCCUUUGCUCCUGGGAUUGACACACAUCCCAGUUGGUGGGAGCUUGUGAUAACUCGGGUGGGGGUGGGGGAGGGGUAGGAAGAAGUUCCAUCUAACAAGCCAGUUCUCAAUUAAAAAUUUCUAACAAUAAGUGCAGAUGAACUGUCCAAGCUGGUUGACUUGUUAUUUGGUUGGGGUUGAUCUCACGGCAAGUCACCUGUGUCUUGUCAAAAAAAUGUACGCUGCUAAGAAUUGAACUUUUACAUAAAAUGGAAAUCCCAGAUUUUUACCAGGUAUCCUGCUUUUCCAAAAUGCUACAAAACUUUUAAAUCUCUGCAGACAUAAAUCUUUUGUUUUUUAAUUACCCUUCUCGACGAUUUGAAGGUUUUUUCAUACUCGAAGUAGGUUAUUUUAUCCUUUCGAGCUUUUCUUGGUGUCCAUAUUCCCAGCUGGUGGGGAGUCUCCUGGAAAAACCUUUGCCAGUUGAUUCUGCAGAUUGCUGCUUUAGAGGAGCCCUGCUGAUCUCAAGUGGCAAGUAGUAGUUUCAAGAUGGUUUACGUGCAGGGAAGAGAAGAACGAUUUCCUGUACACAGCCAAAGAGCACCCUUGACAUGGAAAUUUUCCAUUUGCAUUGUCGUUCCCCUCCCCCCCCACUGGACCAUGAGAAUAUUGAAUCUCGGACUUGCAAAUUAUGCAGGACUGUUCUCAAGGGGUAAAUAAUUAAAGCAGUUGUGGUGCUCCACCCUUUUUAUAAGUGAAUUCUGAGGGAUGAAGCAUAUAAUGAAAGGGUGAGGGCUGGUGUCACAGUAGCAUAAUGCUUUGAUCCUUUUAACAAAAGGGGAUUCUUCUGACAUCUCGAACCUCCUAAGUAAGCAGCAUAAAUCUCCCCCUGGCAGCUGAAGUGGAAUGCUACAAAGCAGGGGUGUCCAACCUUGGUCCCUUUAAGACUUGUGGACUUCAACUCCCAGAGUACCUCAGCCAGCUUUGCUGGCUGGGGGACUCUGGGAGUUGAAGUCCACAAGUCUUAAAGGGACCAAGGUUGGUCACCCCUGCUACAAAGAAAAGGUGGUUGUGAUCAAUGAUAACAUUCCUUUUUUUGUGAGAACUGUCAAUUCUUAAGUGCCUGUUAAACCAGGGGGUCUCCAACCUUGGCAACUUUUUAAGCCUCGUGGACUUCAAC